UGCUUGGGUUUUGCCACUUUCAGCCUCCUGCUUGCCCUGCCGUCUGUAGGAUCCCUUAGCUGCUAAUAGAGGCUCGGCCCGGUGCGUCCGUUCCCGGUACCCGAAUCCCCGUGUGCUGCUUACUUGAGAAGUCCCAGGGACAGUCUGGUCGAUGUCUCCUCUGUGUCCAUAAAGCCUCAUUGCGUGUUGUCUCGUGUGGACCCAUCUCAUCUCAUCUCACCCGCCUGCUUCACCAUGGCCAUCUCAUCACGCCUCGCCCUGUGGGAGCAAAAGAUCAGGGAAGAGGACAAAAGCCCCCCGCCCUCCUCGCCACCUCCCCUUUUCUCUGUAAUUCCGGGGGGCUUCAUCAGACAACUGGUUCGAGAAACAGAAAAAGAAUCCAAGGAAGCGAAACGGAAAAAACAGACGUUGGUCAACUCCCAAGAACAGACGGUCCCAGAAAAUAGUGAGAGCUCUGCCCAGAGGAGCCCCCAGGGCAGCCAGCCUGACCCAGCAUCCCCUAGUCCCAGCGCUGCUGUCGAGAACAUUCCGAAUGAGAAGGAAGGGAUGGCCAGCCCGGAGCCAAUGCUGAUGAGCAGCAUAAAUGGGGAGAACCCACAAGGCAAGGGCACCGCGGAGACCACUCCCAGGAAGCCGCAGCCCCUCAAGAGGGCGAGGAAGACCAGUGAUGUUCUGCUGAUGGUGGCCAAGAUCAAUUCAGAAUUCCCCAAGCCAGAGCAGAGAUCUCCCCGGACUGACUCUCCGACCCCUAAGCCUUCUUCCUCCAUUCCAGACCACGAGGGCCACGUGAACUCCCCAGCAGAUCAACAGAAAGGGCAACAUUCAGGGGAUGCUUGUGGUCCACAGGAAGCUACCCAGGAUUCCGCUGAGAAGGUGGAGAAAUCAGGGACAGUGGGCAGCCCGGGCUCCACAAGCGUGCCUGCCAAGAAGAGUGAAAAGCCUCAGAUCAAAGUUGGCAAAGUUGGUGUCCUGGUGACCAAGGGGCUAAAAGGAGGGGAACCCCAGAGUAAAGAGGUCCUGGGGACCAAGCCCCAAGCCAAAGGGGAGCAGGGAGGCGAGGCUGCGGUGAAAGCAGCAAAGGAGGACAGAGCCCAAAUGCCCCAAGUAGAAGAGGCCCAACCCCCCACAAAUAGAGAGUCAGGGGAUCAGCCCCAAAGCAAGCCAGGAAAGGCAGAUCUCCCUAAGGACACAGCGGGGACAGGGAAGGCGGUCCAAAGCAAAGUGGGGAAGGGAGACAGAGCCCACAUGCAGAUGAAAAAGUGGGGUGAAUCCCUGAACAAAUGGAGAAAGAGGAGUGGGUCCCAGAGUCAGGUGGGCAAGGACAAUGAAUCUCACAGCCAGGUGAAGGGGAAUGAGCCCCAGAGUCAGGGGGGAGAGGAAAGGAAACCCCAAAGUCAGACAGGGAAGGAAUAUGGAUCUCAGAGUCAGGUGGGGCAGAGGGAUGAGAAGGGGACUUGUGUCCAAAGCAAAGAGGGAAAGGAAGAUGACGCCUCCCAAAGGCAAAAGAGUGGGAAUGAAGCUCUCAAAGAAGGAAAGGAGGUUCAUGAACCUCCGACCACAGAGAAAGAGGAAGGUGCACCUGAAAACAAGGAGGAGACCAAAGAAACCCCAGUGAAGACAAAGGAGGACAAGGAAGAGGAUGGAGAGAGAGAUCAAACUGUCGUUCCAAAUGAGGAACUGGAGGACAGAUGGUAUGAAGCUGAGAAAGUCUGGCUGGUUCAGAAGGAAGGAUUCACACUGGCAACGGUGCUGAAACCAGAUGUGGGGACCCCAGAGUUGGCUGCAGGAAGAGUGAGACUUUGCAUUGAUUCAGACAAAUCCAUCACUGAAGUGGAUGAGGAGAACAUUCAUCGCGCCAAUCCCCCAGAGCUGGAUCUGGCUGAGAACCUGGCCUCCCUCCAGAGCCUCAACGAGUCCAGCGUCCUGAACACGCUUCAGCACCGAUAUCGGGCCCAGCUCCUGCACACCUACACGGGCCCAGACCUGAUCGUCCUCCAGCCCCCAGGAGCCCCGGCUCCUGUAUCUUGGAAGGCGCCCAAAGGAAGGAGGGACGGCCUGGCGCCCCACGUCUGCUCCCUGGCCCAGAAGGCCUACUGGGCCAUGCUGAGCCGGCGCCAGGACCAGGCCAUCGUGCCCCUGGGCAGGAGCGGCUCCGGCAAAAGCACCUGCUGUGAGAGGGCGCUGGAGUUCCUGGUGGGCAGCGCCGGCAGCGGCAACGGCCGGGUCUCAGUGGAGAAGAUCCGGGCCACAUUCACCAUCCUCAGGGCCUUUGGCUCAGUGCUGACCACUCACAGCUGCAGCUCCACCCGCUUCUCCAUGGUCAUGUCCCUUGAUUUCAACGCUACUGGGAGAGUCACUGCGGCACACCUACAGACCAUGCUCAUGGAGCGGAUUCGAGUGGCACAGCAGCCGGAAGGAGAGGGAAACUUUGCCGUUUUCUCCCAGAUGUUGGCUGGGCUGGACCUUGAUACCAGGACAGAACUCUACCUGCACCAGAUGGCGGAAAAUCACUCGUUUGGCAUGGGCGUGUGGGCCAAGCCUGAAGAGAAGCAGAAGGCCGCGACGGCCUUCUCUCACCUCCAAGGGGCCAUGGAGACGCUGGGCAUCUCUGCCGGGGAGCAGCAGGCCAUUUGGCGGGUGCUGGCGGCGAUUUAUCACCUCGGAGCAGCAGGGGCCUGUAAAGUUGGCAGGAAGCAAUUUAUGCGGUUCGAGUGGGCCAACUACGCCGCCGAGGUGCUGGGCUGUGAGUACGAGGUGCUGACCACCGCGGUCUUCAAACACCACCUCCGGCAGAUCAUCCAGCAGGCGACGUCCAGGCUGAACCAGCCCCACCGAGAGGUGGAGCCCGACACAGGGCCCAAAAUGACGGGUGUGGAGUGUGUGCAAGGCAUGGCUACGGGUCUCUAUGAAGAACUGUUCACUGUCAUAGUCUCGCUUAUCAACAGAUCCUUAGCUUCCAAUGAUCUCUCCUUGUUCUCCAUCAUGGUGGUGGACAGCCCGGGCUUCCACAACCCCCGGCACCAGAAGAAGGAGCGGGCAGCCACUUUCGAGGAGCUUUGCCACAAUUACGUCCAUGAGCGGCUGCAGGCCUUGUUCUUCCGGAAGAGGUUUGAGGCAGAAGUGGAGCGGUAUAGGGAGGAAAAGGUGGCGGUUCCUUUUGAUCUCCCAGAGUUCUCCCCAAGGACCACGGUGGCAAUCAUCGACCAGAAUCUCUCCCAGGUGCGGGUUCCAGUUGCGGGCCAAGCAGAGGAACCCAAAGGCCUUCUCUGGGUCCUGGAUGAGGAGGUCCGGGUCGAGGGCUCUGGUGACAGUGCUGUGAUGGAUCGCUUAUGUUUAGCCUUUGAGAAGAAGGAAGUUGGCGCUGAUGAAACCCCCGCCUUCCGCAAGUGUGAGCAUGGUUUGCAGUUUGAGAUUUCCCACCAGCUGGGCCGGGACCCCGUGCGCUAUGACCUCAGCGGAUGGAUCCAGAAAGCCAAGCCCAACCUGUCAGCCCUGAACGCUCUCCAGGUCCUGCAGCAGUCUAGCAGGGAGGACCUCAGCAGCUUGUUCCUGCCUCGCUCCAGAGUGCCCCCCGUCUGCCGGGCAGUGGCCGGAAUGGAAGGCUGCUCCCAGCAGGCCUUGCAUCGGGUCGGUUGUGUGAGGAAGACGUUUGCCAGUAGUUUAGCGGCUGUGAAGAGGAAGGCCGUGUGCACCCAGAUCAUCCUCCAGAUGGAUGCUUUGACCAAUGUGAUCAAACGGUCCCAGUUACACUUUGUCCAUUGCCUGGUCCCAGGAUCAGGAUGGGAGGACGGAGGAGGGAGCGCGUCCCUGGCACCGGCCGACAGGGAGCACCCCCUGGACGUCUCCCUGCUGAGGGUCCAGCUUGCUGGGGCUCAGGUCCUCGACGCCCUGAGGCUGCACCGGAUUGGCUACACGGACCACAUGGGGUUCACUCGCUUCCGGCGGCAGUUCCAAGGUUUGGCUCCAACGUUUAUGAAGAAGAUUUUGUUGCCCCAGGAGAGGAUGGAGGAGAGGAAGCUUAUUGAGGAACUCCUGCAGGAACUGGACCUGGAGAAAGCAGCUGUACAGCUCGGGAAAACUCAAGUGUUCCUGAAGUCAGGCAUCAUCUCCAGGCUGGAAAGGCAGCGGGAGAAGCUGGUCUCUCGGAAUAUAAUUCUCUUUCAAGCUGCCUGCAAGGGAUUCUUGUCCCGCCAGCAAUUCAAGAGAUUGAAGAUCCGGCAGUUGGCUGUCCAGUGUAUCCAGAGAAAUCUGAAGGUGUUCCAGGAGGUGAAGGAAUGGCCUUGGUGGCAGCUUCUGUGUUACAUCCGGCCUCUAUUGAGCAUCACCAUCGGGGAGGAUCAGCUCCGGGCAAAGGAGGAAGAACUCACCGCCCUGAGAAAGAAACUAGAGACAUCUGAGAAGUCGCGGAACGAGCUUCGGCAGAACGCAGACCUGCUGGAGAGCAAGAUUGCCGACCUGACCACCGAGCUCUCUGAUGAGCGCUUCAAAGGAGAAGUGGCCUGCCGGGUUCUAGAGAGCGAGCGGGCCGAGCGUCUGCGGGCCUCUAGGGAGAUCCAGAGCUGAAGGUGGAGUAAAUAUGAACAAGCCCAGAAGAGUCUGGGGUCCGUGGAGAAGCAGCUGGAGGAAGCCCAGAAGAAAAUCGAAUCAAGCCAAGAGGAGAAGCCUCAUUCUGGAGAAGCUGAGGACUGGCAGACGCGGUUUGACUGUGCACAGACAGAAAUCGAGUUCCUCCGAAAGCGCCUCCUGAUGUGUGAGGAGAGACUGGAAGCAGAACUGUCUGCCAGAAAGGAGCUGGAAGAGAAGCUUGGGCAAGCUCGGAACUCCUGUGAGGAGGUCAAGAGGAGCUCCCAUCAGCUGAAGAAGAAGUGCCGCAAUCUCACCUGUGACCUCGAGGACACCCGGGUACUGCUGGAGAACCAGCAGAGCCGGAACCACGAGCUGGAGAAGAAGCAGAAAAAGUUUGAUAUGCAAUUAACCCAGGCUAUUGGUGAAUCGUUGUUUGAAAGAGGCCUCCGGGAAAAGUUGUCCCAGGAAAACUCUGGCAUUCGGUGGGAGCUUGGCAAACUUCAGAGCAAGUUAGAGGAAAAGGAGCAGGAAACUCUGGGUCUGAAACAGAAGCUGGAGAUGCUCAGGGGUCAUAACCUUGACUUAAGGCCCUGCACUCUACCUGUUGGAGUAGAAGAUGUGGCUGACUUACAGAGAGAGCUCUGGGACCUGAAGUCCAGUGCCUUUGAGCAGCACAAGAUACAGAGCGAACAAGAGACUACAAUUAAGAAACUGGAGCAGCUACGCAUUCGGUUUGAGAUGGAGAUCGAACGGAUGAAACAGAUGCAUCUGAAGGAUCAGGAAGACAAGGAAGAAGAGCUGGAGGAUGUGCGACAGUCCUGCCAAAAGCGGCUACGGCAGCUGGAGAUGCAGCUGGAACAGGAAAAUGAAGAGAAGAAGAUGGUUCUCCAUGAGAAACAGGAUUUGGAAACCCUCAUUGGGACACUCUGUGAACAGAUUGGCCAUCGAGAUUUUGAUGUGGAAAAACGCCUCCGCCGGGACCUGCGGAGGACUCAUGCCCUCCUGUCUGAUGUGCAGCUUAUCCUAUCAAGCAUCGAGGACUCUCAGAUGACAGUCAAUAAGGAAGAGCUGGAGAAAGUUCACAGUAGGCUACAAGAAAGCGAAGCUAAGUGUGCAGAUGCUCAGAACACUCAGAAGCUUCUGGCCCUGGACCUGGAGAACAUGCACAGUGAACUGGAAAACAUCACCAGGAACAAGAAUCUGGUUGAUGAGCAGCUAUAUCGGCUGCAGCUGGAGAGAGCUGAUCUCCUGAAACGGAUCGAUGAAGACCAGGAAGAUCUGAAUGAGCUGAUGAAGAAGCACAAAGAACUCAUUGCCCAGUCUUCCCAAGACAUCGUGCAGAUUCAGGAACUGCAGCUGAGCCUGGAAGAAGCAAAGAAGGAGAAGCAAAGCCUGCAAGAAAAGCUGCAUGUUGCACUUUCUCGCAUUGAGCACCUGGAGAAGACGACGGUGGAUCGCAACAUAGUCUGCCGCCAAGAAGCAUUAAUCUGUGACCUGGAGAACAAGCUGGAGUUCCACAAAGUCCAGAUUAAGAGAUUUGAGGUUCUGGUGAUUCGACUUCGGGACAGUGCAAUCAAGAUGGGUGAGGAGCUGGAGAAGGCAGUGAGCUCUGAGACUGAGCAGAAGGAGUCCUGCCUGUAUUACCAGAGGAGGAUGGAGGAGAUGAGAGCUGACAUGGCCGAGCUGAUAAAGCAGGAGGCAGAGACCAGCCGUCGGUGCCUCGACUUGGAGAAGCGUGUGGAGGAGCUGCUGGCCAUAAGGCUGACGUUACAGGCUGACCUUGAGAUAUCCAUCCGGCGAAUUGCCGAUCUGCAGGCUGCCCUGGAAGACGUGGACUCCUGUACUAGUGAUGACAGCGCCCGGACGAUGCUGGAAUCCUCCCCUAUUGGAGCCCAAAGAGACAUAGAUAAUCAGUCCCUUCUGGACUCCUGCAUCAGCUCUCAGCCAAUCGAAAGUAUCGGAUCCUGGUUGAGUUCAUCCUCGAUCAGACCCAGCAACACAAGAAGUCCGUCGCAGCAGUCGGCCAGUGGCAGUGGAAUUCUGGAUCAGAGGAUGCACCGAGAGACCAGAGCUCUUGACAGGAGCCAGCCGAUGUCUUUGAGGACCGAUGCCCAGUCUCUAGGGGACAAGAGCUUCCUCAGACGACCCUUCUCGCCUUUCUCCUUCCAGAGUCGAGAUCACGGUUCAACUAUUGGAAGUGAGAAUCCCGAGUCGUGGAGGGAUAUAGUCACUAAGCCAAAGAGUCGCUCAUCAAGCACAUCCCCAACUUUGGAAAAAAAGCUCCCAAGUUCCUCCUGGGCCCUUUCUGAAUUUAUUGAAGGAUUCCGGAAAAAGCGGUCCGAGAGAGAGAACGCGUUAGGGGCAGAAGAAUGGCCCACCUUACCCAUCUACCAGACUACUGGAGCGUCGUCUCUGAGGAGGUCUUUGGAGACGGUGACGCUCCCGGAAAAGCCAUCUCUGGAAACGGAGACAGAGAGUCCUCGGGCCGGGCUGCUAAGGUCCAGCAGCCUCAAGUGCCUUUCCUCGGACAAAUUUGACUCCUCCCUUUCUUUGCCUGCUCCUCCCAAAUCACUGUACAGGUCUUGUGAGUCCCUCUUGGACUCUGAGAACGCAGAAGGCGGUUUCAGCAGGACGCUGGUCCCCUCGGUGGGAGAUAGCCUGGGCAGGUUUACCCAGUCCAAGCUGCGCCUUCGAAGGCCGUGUAUUGACACGCCCCUAGAGGAAGUCGAGGACCCGGACCUGGGAAAAGAAUCUCUGGUCUUUCAGAACCGAAGGUUCUCCAACCUGCUAAAUGAGCCUUUGGAACCGGACUUGUUAGCUUGGAAACUGCCAAAAUACGAACAGAAACCCAAAGUGAGUUUCGAUGACUACGUCCCAGCCAUCCGAAAAUCCAGCUCUCCCACGAGAGCCAUGGACGGGGGAGAUGACCCGAAGCCUGGGACCAGUAGGUAUAUGAGUGAGACUUCUCCGGAUUGCCUGUUCUCGGGAAGCAGCAGCACCUUCCGGAAAAACUUGGAACCCAAGGAGGACACGGGUCACUUGUCCGACUCUUCUUCGUCUUCAAGCUCCGCCAUGUCCUACAGAAGUGCAGACAGCAUCAAGAGCCGUCCAGGAUCCCUAAAACGAGAUGAAGAAAGCGACAGGAGAUCCGGAUAUGGAACAUGGAUGGAUACCAACAGGCAAGAAGAGGUGGAGAGCAUCAUGAAGAAAUACCUGCAGAAGUAGGGAAUGGCUCAGCAUCCAGAUUCUUGAGUUCCUGGAAAGCUUCUCCUGCUGUUCAGCUUUUCAAAGAAACACACACAGGAGGCCUCUGCAUCUGCUGGUCUGCAGGCGAUGUCACUGAAAAAUAUUCCCAGUGGAUUCUGACAAGCCUGAGGAUUUAUUUUGUAAGAAGUGCUGGGGUUUGGACAGUGAUCUACACAGAAUAAAACCACGUUGGCUUCUUUGAA